AUGGACUCAGACGAGCUCGAGGACAACCUGCUCCUUCAAGCGACCCUGUCGCCAAACUCGGAGGACGGCGAAGAGGAUACCUACAGCCAUAGCCAUACGGCUGGCAGCCACAGCGCGCGCUCCCCACUAGUAUUCCAAGCCGAUCGCAUGAACCAGACGACAUCACCACUCAACCUGGUAUCGUCAUCAUCAUCCUCAACCUCAUCUCGUCCACCCGCCAUAGCUAUGGAAGCUGGCCCCUCGCGGAAACGUUCACGCGCAAUCUCCUCCCCUACUACCUCUGCUGCCGUUCUCCACGACCCAAAAACCCGCCGACAUGCCUCUCCCCAGCGAAAUACCAAGCCUGCCAGCCAGUCCGGAUCUAAUACAGGUGCAGACUCUGACUUGCUUGGGCUUUUCGGGCUCGAGGGAGGCGAUGACAUAGGCGCACUCGAAGAGGAACAACGUCAAGCUGAGACCUGGCUUCAGGAACGUCGGGAGCAAGAACGCAGAGACGAGGAGUUUGCGCGUGCCCUCCAGGAGACUUGGGAUGAGAUUCUACCGCCAUCAUCAAGGUCCGAUGAUCAGGACGAUACAUUAUUUCAACCUCGACCGCAGGUUCAACAGCUAGGUCAAGGGCGAGUUCAGGAACGAGUUCAGCCGCGUUUCCCACCACAGCCGCAAAUGCAGAGGCAGGCCCCGACGUUUGAUUCUAACCACGGACAGACGAGAAUGAUGCCUCCACCUGUGGGACCAGCGUUGAACGCUACAUCGAAAUAUGGCUGGCCACUGCCCACCGCUCACGGCAGCCUCGCUAUCAAUAAGAGUGCUGGUAGCCGUCCCACUGAAUCUUGGAAUAGGACAAAUCCUAGCAGUCGUCCCGCAGAAUCGUGGCAGAAGACGAGUUCUAGCAGUCGUCCCACUGAACCCUGGAAUAGGACAAGUUCCAGCAGUCGUCCCGCCGAAUCCUGGCAGAAGACAAGUCCUAACAGCUGUCCCACUGAAUCCUGGCAGAAGACAGGUUCUAAUAGCAACGAGCAAUGGCGCAGUUCCCCGAAGAACUAUAUCGAACUGAGCAGCGAUAGCGAGGUCGAAGAACUCUUCUCCGUGCUCUCUGGAAAACCUCCCGACCCCUGGGAAGCACGGAAUCGUUCUAAUGAUCUGCCUAUACGCCCAAGCCCGAACCCAAAUCCCUAUGCGAACCCCAAUUUAUCUACAGCGGCUAGCCAGCGAUUACCUAGUAUUCGUGCUUUAGAGGAGAGGUACCAACAGAAUUUGAGGGAUCUUCAGAUGGGUGUUUCACCUCUCUCGACCGUGCCGCAAUAUCUGCAGCCGUAUAUGAGUCGCUCGUGUCCUCCCGGUUGUGCCUGCGGGGGGAAGCUGCCGCACCCGUAUAGUCCGACAAGUUCGCAAAUUGAUACCUUACGAAAUAUGUACGCUUCCGAUGGGCUGACGCCCGAUGAAAUGAAGAAAGAACUGAAAUCUCUCCUCGAGAACAUUCGUCCAGAUCAAGAACUCGACCUCAACCGUGAAGGAACCCCAGAAGCGCUCAAAUUUCCUCUCAUGGAGCACCAGAAGCUAGGUCUAGCGUGGAUGAAAUCCAUGGAAGAAGGAUCCAACAAGGGUGGUAUCCUCGCUGAUGACAUGGGACUCGGGAAGACAAUACAAGCUUUAGCCUUGAUGGUUUCGCGUCCCAGCACCGACCCAAUUCGCAAGACAACUCUUAUCAUCGCCCCCGUUGCUCUCAUCCAGCAGUGGAAGAGAGAAAUAAACCGCAUGCUCAAACCAGGAAAGGAGCACCAACUCUCCGUCUUCAUCUUACACGGAGAACGUAGAGCAAUCACCUUCACCGACCUACGCCGCUACGAUGUUGUCUUGACUACCUUUGGUACACUAGCGUCCGAACUAAAGCGCAAGGAACGAUGGAUGUUGUUUAAGAAGGAUAAUCCAAAUGCCUACCAAAACCUAUCUACGCCGACCGAAGAGAUGCCAAUACUCGGCGAUGAGUGCAAAUGGUACAGAGUCAUCAUCGACGAAGCGCAGUGUAUCAAAAACCGCAACACCAAGGGCGCUCAGGCGUGUUAUGCUAUCCAGUCAAUCUAUAGGUGGUGCAUGAGCGGAACUCCGAUGAUGAAUAACGUGCAGGAACUCUUCUCGUUGAUUUGCUUUUUACGCAUUGGGCCAUACAAUAAACUUGAACGAUUCAAUAGCACAUUUACCCGACCGCUAAAGAAUGAUGAAAACGCAGUCCAGAGCGUCGCAAUGAAGAAACUUCAGGCUUUGCUCAAGGCAAUCCUUCUCCGCCGCAUGAAAACGUCAAAAAUUGACGGCAAGCCGAUUCUCCAACUUCCGCCUCGCGUCACAGAAAAGGUCCAUACCAUAUUCAGUGAGGACGAGCACAGUUUCUAUCAAGCUCUUGAGACACAAUCCCAGUUGCAAUUCAACAGGUACCUUAGAGCUGGCACCGUUGGGAGGAAUUACUCUAAUGUCCUUGUCCUCCUACUUCGACUGCGGCAGGCUUGCUGCCAUCCACAUCUAAUCAACGAUUUCGCAGUUAGUACGGGCGCCGUGUCAGAGGAACUUGACCUCAUUGCCAAUGCCAAACUACUUGAUGCCACGGUAAUUGAACGUCUGAAGUCACAAGAGGCCUCGGAAUGCCCCGUCUGUAUCGAUGUGGCUGAGAACGCUGUAAUUUUCUUUCCUUGUGGCCAUAGUACCUGCGCGGAAUGCUUUGCAAAAAUCUCCGAUCCGUCUCAGGGGCUGGUGCAGGGCAACGACGGCGUGUUCGAGAUCAAAUGUCCUUCCUGUCGAGCCAAAAUUGACCCCAAGAAAGUUACAGAUAACGCGUCGUUCCAGAAAGUUCAUGUCCUUGGCGAAGAAACUGAUGCUGCUGAGUCUGGCAAGCCGAGUACGCAGGCCGACGAUACCGAGGACAGCGAUAGUGAUAGCGAUGAUGAUAACAGAGGUACACUUAAUGGCUUCAUCGUCCGCGACGACGAUAGCGAAAGCAGGCGGAAGAAAGGAAAGGGCAAAGCCAAACCAAAGAAGACUCUUGCGCAGCUCAAAAAGGAAGCCCAGCGUAACGUCAAGGCCAAACGCAAAUACCUUCGCACCCUUGAUAAACGCUGGGAGCCUAGUGCCAAAGUCGAUAAGACGAUAGAAAUUCUACAGUCGCUGCUCGAUUCAGGCACAAACGAGAAAACGAUCAUCUUCAGCCAAUUUACCUCCCUCCUCGACCUAAUUGAAGUUCCCAUUAAUCGCCGGGGCUGGGUCUACCGCCGCUACGACGGCAGUAUGAAACCCGCAGAUCGCAACGAAUCCGUCCUCGACUUCACUGACAACCCAGAAUGUCGUGUCAUGCUUGUUUCUCUCAAAGCAGGGAAUGCAGGGCUGAACCUCGUCGCGGCAUCCCAAGUGAUUAUCCUUGACCCUUUCUGGAACCCAUAUAUUGAGGACCAGGCGAUUGAUCGAGCCCAUCGUAUCGGGCAGAUGAGACCUGUCAUGGUUCACAGACUUCUGAUCGAGAAUACAGUCGAGGACCGAAUCAUUGCGCUUCAGGAAAAGAAGAGAGAGAUCAUCGAAGGUGCACUAGAUGAAAAGGCUAGUACUAAGGUUGGAAGAUUGGGCGUUAGAGAGCUGGCGUUUUUAUUCGUACGUAUAUCCAUCCCCUUUUUCUUCAUGGGCUGGUGCAUGGUUGAUUUCUCUUACUGA